UAUUUGGCCAUCUAUCUGUGAUGGGAAACUGAUAAAUUUGGCACUCUUCUCUCAUAAUCUAUCGCCGAAUGAUGGACAACUCGUGCGCCACGUGAACGAAGAGACAAGGAAACUUGUAUAGUUCAGAAGCAAAACAAAACAAAAUUCAAACGUUUGUGGUUAACCCCGCAAAUCAUUCAAUCGUUGCUAGAAAGUUGGUCAGUGCGAUUCAGUUGGUGCUGAUGUGCACAGUGUAAACAAGGUCUAGUAGUGCGAGAAAUACGCAAGACAGCAGAGCUGCUGUAUGUUGUAGGUGCAAGUGCUGUUUGAAAUAUCGGUAAUAAAUUAGUAACGUGCUGUUUGUAACAAUUAGGAAACCAUUUCAAGUUGAUCCUGAUACUUCGCGAUCCGUUUUGCAGUCGAUGUGAUCGAGAACAACCGUAGGAUCUGUUGGGUUUAGUUUUUGGAUUACUUCACGAGUUGGCAAGGUUUUUCUACAUUUCUAGGUGGGCCUAACUGACGGCAAUGAUUGAAUCGAGAGAGUCUGGCAUUUGUAAGGUUUCACGUGUGUCUUCGCUAACAACUUGUGGCGGUUCUGCGCACGUAUAUACGGAACAUCUUCUCGACAGUCAGUUGACUAGCAGCAUCCCAACUAGUGAAACAUUCCCGGUGACCAUGGAUCCCGUCGCGCUUGGACUAACAGAAGAAGACGUAGAAUUAAUAGUGAAACGAUAUCUUCAGGAGAAACGGGACAAGUAUAAUGCGAAAUUUCGAGUGCUUUCGUAUCACAUGAAACGUAUUAGUGAAGAACCGAUUGGUUAUCUAGGAGAUCAUUACUUUCUGAAUGUGGUGUUGCGAGAAAAAAUGGUGCACUAUUCCGAAGAGGAUGAAGAAUAUGCCGAGGAAGAAUAUUUAAGCUUUUUCAUGAAAAUUUUACCGGAGCACGUUCCAAAAUUAGCAGAAUACGUGCGGGAGAUGGGUUGUUUCAAAAAGGAAAUCCAACUCUAUACCCAUCUGAUACCCAGGUUGCAGGACAUUUCAAUCGGAACUACACCAUUCGCGCCUAGAGCCUAUCUCACGAAAAAUGACACUUUGAUCGUUUCUGAAAAUCUCCAGGCUGAAGGGUACCGCAUGGUGGAAAAUAACAAAGGUCUGCUUGAUUUUGCCCACCUAGAAGUAGCACUUAAGUCCUUAGCUAAACUGCAUGCUGCAUCGUUGGUUUUGGAGGAACGGACCAAGCAGCCAAUUACGAAACUUUAUUCCGGUCAUCUGAAUGAAAAUGCGUACAUAGAUGAUGAUACUUACGUACGCAAGACAAAUCUAGAGAAUGCAAUAAAAGUUCUAUGCGAACUGAUAAAACGUAUCGAUAAAUACAAAAAUUCCGAUCGGUUAAAAUUUAUCUUAGAAAAAUUUCCACAAAUUAUUAGAAAAAUUUACGAUUUCGCUAAGCCCUCAACUGUGUACAGGAACGUUUUCAACCACGGUGAUCUGUGGAACAACAAUCUAAUGUUCAAGUACGAAGAAACAGCGAACAAAUCACGGACUAACAGCGACGCAGGCUUGGCUGAAGGUGGUGCUGACGGUCUGUAUGCUUCUGGUGAACGACGUCGUCGCAAACAGUCUUCUGUCUAUCGACCAAAUCCGUUCGACUUUUCCAACCUGCUGAAGACAGGAAUCCUUCGGCCUUUGGUUUGCAUUAUGAUUGAUUUCCAAAUUGCUCGAUACUCCCCGCCUGUGUACGAUCUGAUGUCCCUGUUAACUACCACGACGACCAGUGCGUUCCGGGAGGUCUAUCUGGAACGAUUGGUUGCUUUGUAUUACGAGUAUUUCAAACGAGAACUGGAAUGGUUUCAGAUUGAUGUGGAGUGGAUUUUCCCGGGAAAUCAGUACAAAGAGUCUUGCGAGGAGUACAAAUUGGCUGGAUUAAUCGAUAGUAUUCUGUUUCGGCAUUUGACACUGCUUCCAACCGAAUUGGUUUCAAAUUGCAGGGAAUGUCCUAUUCCGAUAUCGUUUGAAAAUUUGAUGGAAAAUUCUAUAUUCAAACUGUGUACGAAGGCAUGGGAUUCCUGUGAAAAUUAUCGAUUUUUGAUAGCAGAUUUGUUAGCUGACCUAGUCGACACAUACAUUUUGGAAUCCUGAGUUCCAUAUUGUACCUACUAGUUUUUUAUU